AACUAGAGAUGAUGAACUUAAGUAUAUAGCAUCAGUAAGACCAAAUAGAUUACUAAGUAUGGGUAAAGGUAAGGGAAAUAAUAAGCCAGGUUCUAAAAUACCGUCUACAGUUCCUCAAAAAGAUCAUUAUUCUCGAAUUUCAUAUUUAUUAAAUGCUACUAAUCAUUUCACUAGUAGUUCAAAAUAUAAUAUUCUUAGUAGAGGAUAUGCUAGAAAUCUUGAUUUAGUAGCUAAAAAGACUGUAAUUAAAUUAACUCCAGCUCUUAAAAGAUCUUUAUGUAAGAAAUGUAAUACUUUUUUAAUACCUGGAUUAACUUUAACAGUAUUUAUUGAAAAUGAAUCUAAACUGAAAGCUUCUCAUAAUGAUGUUCUUGUUCAUCAAUGUUUAUAUUGUCAUUCAAAGAAAAGGUUCCCAAUUGGUUCAAAUAGAGAUUAUGUUGUAUUUAGUGAAAGAGAUGAUGUUAAAGUAUCAUCUACAUAGAUUUAUAACGAUUUUAAUGAUUAAUGAAAUAUGUAUAUAUUAUGAAAUAAAAGUUUUAAUAGUAAGUAAUCAAUUACUUUGGUCCAAGCAUAUUUUCUGGUCUAACCCAUUGAUCAAAUUCUUCUUCGGUUAACAUAUUUAAUUCAAGACAUGAUUCCUUUAAUGUUAAACCCUUUUUAUGAGCAUUCUUAGCCA